GUUGAUACUUUAUACAGUCGAAAAGGGGCAUUGCACCUUCCGUCUAACGAAUAAUUGACAUUCGCCUUAACCCAACUACAGAACACUUGAGCAAAAGCAGUAUCUUUCGUUCGAAAAUGGCUGCCGCAGGUGUAAAACAAGCUCUAGGAGACCUAAACAAGGACGCUUUCGUGACCCUUUUGUCGAAGCUGAUCGGUGAAUCGAAGUACGUGCAGAACAACCCGCCAGACCUCAUUCCGGAGGAGGACCGGAUCGUCAGGCACGUCCUUGACGUCCUCCGCCCCUUAAGCACCGCCACUGGCGGUGGACCGCUUGUCAUCAACCAUGUGGCCUACAAGCCCAACAGGGGAAAUCUCAUUGUCGAGUACCCUGGAACCCAGCCCGGCAAAAUUUUGUCAUUCGUUGGCAUGCACAUGGAUGUGGUCACUGCCAUCCCUUCUGAAUGGGAUUUUGACCCUUUUUCUUUGAGCAUCGAUGGAGACAAACUUAGAGGGCGUGGAACUACUGAUUGUUUGGGACACGUUGCUCUUGUAGCUGAACUAAUGAGGAGGCUGGGGGAGACAAAGCCUCAACUGAAGUCAACUGUUGUUGCUGUCUUUAUUGCCAGUGAAGAAAAUUCAUCUAUCCCUGGAGUAGGGGUUGAUGCAUUAGUGAAGGACAAAUUGCUUGACAAAUUAAAGCAAGGACCUCUGUUUUGGAUUGAUACAGCAGAUAAACAGCCUUGCAUUGGCACCGGUGGUAUGAUACCAUGGAAGCUUCAUGUUUCUGGAAAGCUUUUUCAUAGUGGUCUAGCCCACAAGGCUAUCAAUCCCUUGGAGCUAGCUAUGGAAGCUCUUAAAGAGAUCCAGUCACGGUUUUACCGAGACUUUCCACCCCAUCAAAAUGAAAAAGUUUAUGGAUUUGCAACACCCUCAACUAUGAAACCAACCCAGUGGAGUUAUCCAGGAGGUGGCAUCAAUCAAAUUCCAGCCGAAUGUACAGUUUGUGGAGAUGUUAGGUUGACUCCAUUUUAUAGUGUAACUGAUGUAAUGAAGAAGCUCCAGGAAUAUGUUGAAGACUUGAAUGCCAACAUAGAAAAGUUGGACAUACGAGGACCUGUUUCAAAGUAUGUCCUACCAGAUGAGGACCUCAGGGGAAGAUUGACUAUUAGUUUUGAUGAAGCAAUGUCUGGAGUGGCUUGCAAUCUUGAUUCACGUGGCUUCCAUGUGUUAUGUAAAGCUACAGAAGAGGUGGUUGGCCAUGUAAAACCCUAUUCUAUUACCGGUAGCUUGCCGCUCAUACGGGAAUUGCAGGAAGAGGGUUUUGAUGUGCAAACUUCUGGCUACGGCCUAAUGGCUACAUACCAUGCCAAGAAUGAGUAUUGCCUUCUCUCUGACAUGUGCCAAGGCUAUGGGGUCUUUGUUAGUAUCAUCUCACAGUUAGAAGAUUGAAUCGAGAUGUUCAUGGACAUGUUGAAUGCUUAAAAGAUAAAGCUGGCCAUACAUCUAGUAUAAAGAGAAGGGCCAUAAUUGGCGGUGCUGCAUAUCCCAAUCCUUCAACGAUGGCAUCCAAUGAUAAAUCAAAUCCUCCACUGCAAUCAAUUCCGGAAAUGGAGCAUAUGAAUCUUCCCGCUAGAGCCAUUGCACCAUAUA